GCGGGAGCGCGCGCGGCGCGGGCACAGCGGGACCGGGCCGCCGCCGCCGCCGCCGCCAUGAACGGCAAAGGGCAGUACCCCCCCCAGCCCGCCUACCCGGUGCAGCCCCCCGCCAACCCCCCCGUGUACCCGCAGGCCCUGCCGCUGCCCCAGCCGCCGCCCUACACGGACGCGCCGCCUGCGUACUCCGAGCUUUACCGUCCCAGCUUCGUGCCUCUGGGGGCCGCCACCGUCCCCACCAUGUCCGCGGCGUACCCGGGCACUUCGGUCUUCCUGCCCGUGGCCCAGUCCGUGGCCGUGGGUCCCAUCGGCUCCUCCGUCCCCAUGGCCUAUUACCCCGUGGGCCCCGUGUAUCCCCCAGGCUCCACGGUCCUCGUCGAAGGCGGCUUUGAUGCUGGAGCCAGGUUUGGGGCCGGCGGAACAGCCAGCAUCCCUCCCCCCCCUCCUGGCUGUCCCCCCAACGCCGCCCAGCUGGCCGUCAUGCAGGGAGCCAACGUCUUGGUGACGCAGCGGAAGGGGAACUUCUUCCUGGGAGGCUCAGACGGCGGCUACACUAUCUGGUGAAGAAGGAAGGGGCCGGGGGGAGAGGGGGGGGGGCUACAUUUGCGUAAGGAAAGACAUCACAUACCGUCAGCACUUCUCACGAUGUAACUGCUUUAGUCCAUAUUAACCCGAGGUUGCAGAUCAGACACACCGCUGCGAGGUCUCUUCCUGGCUUGGCGCGGCGGAAAGCAAAGCGAGGAGCCCCUGCGCCGAGAGCGGGGCCUCUGCUGGAUGGGGAGGGGAGACGGAUUCCCCAAACGAACGCGGGCUGAGCAGCCCUGCCUCUCCCUCGCGUUUCGCUGGGGUGACACCGCAGCGCUGUCGCUGGGCUUUAUUAAUCGGCUGCUUUGGGGAGGGCGAGGGAGCCGAGCUGGUGGCGGGGCGCGACCCCUUCCCCUCGCGUUCGUGCUGACCGAGCCCCGCAGACGUUGGGGUUUCCCCUCCAGAGAAGCAAAGGUGCUGGGUAGGAAGCGAGGCAACCUUCACCUCCCAGUACCAGGGGCACCUCGGCGCUUCUUCCUUCCUGACCUCACUCUAGAGCGGAUCCCUCGAAGCACCCUGUGCUCGCAGUCGCCCUUCGCUCCCCUCUAGGAAGGUAUGCAGCUGGCGUGUGUCAUGGGAUUUCUUUUAUACACUCCAAGUAAUCUUGGAUUUCUUUGCACAUUAGAUCUAAUCAAAGCCAUGCUUUGGUGCCAGAAACACAAUGCAACUCAUGUUUGAACAUUUCAUUAAAUGCUAACUAGGCUUUUAGGACUAUGCUUAAUAAACCAACUCUUUUUCUUUUUUUUUUUGAACUCAACCUGGUGUCCUGACACCACAACUCCUUAAGGCUGUUGUUCAAACAGAGAGGCUGGUUACCAUCUGCACAAGGGUGUGUAGCAACUGUCAAUCAACACACAAAUUAGCUUGGUUAAUCAGUUGUUUUACGAAUGCAUACUUCAGAAAUGACUUGGGUAUAAUGAAGUCUUAGUAGGGUUAAGAAGAAUAUUUCAGGGAUCCUCAGUGUUUUUCUUUUUUUGUUUUGUUUUAUGAAGAAAAAUAUCAGAUUCAAAUAUAUUUUAUCUCAAGGUUUCAGUUUAAUCUAAAUCUGUGUCCUGUAUAUGUUGUGUUUAACCAUCCAACUGACUGUUAUGGAAGUUCAGCAUUACGUAUCUCUCUGUAUACACUGUGGUGCACUUAACUUGUGGAUUUUUUUAUACUAAAAAAAAGUAGAAUAAAGACUAUUUUGAAAAUUUGAAUAAA